UGUUGUUGUCGUCGCCGACGCCGUUCCAGUGGCUCGAGCCCCUCCGCGGCGCUCUUUCGGGUCCGCAGCGGCCUUCUCCCUCGGCGCGCGCCUUCCCUCCGCCCGCCGCCCUUUCCCCCCUCCCCUCCCCGCCACGCUCCUCCUCUCCCCCGGCCUCGCCGCUCACGCGAGCCCCCGGCUUCACCCGAGGCCUACCCGUUCCCUCCGACCAUGGCGCGGCCGUCCGUGCCCAGCUCUCAGAAGGCGCUGCUGCUGGAGCUGAAGGGGCUCCAGGAGGAGCCCGUGGAGGGUUUCCGCGUCAGCCUGGUGGACGAGGGGGACCUCUACAACUGGGAGGUGGCCAUCUUCGGGCCCCCCAACACCCACUACGAGGGGGGCUACUUCAAGG